GCUUUCGUUCUGCCAAAAGACGCUGGUUCCAUUACAGUUUAAUUCAAACACGAAACGAACAAGCUCGAAGCCAAUAAGACCUAGUUGUAAAACUUUGUUAAAUAGUAUCAACAAAUAAAAACAAAACACACUCUAAACAUGGCCGACAAACCAAAACGUCCUCUCUCCGCCUACAUGCUGUGGCUCAACAGUGCACGCGAGUCGAUCAAGCGCGAGAAUCCCGGCAUUAAGGUGACCGAGGUGGCCAAGCGCGGCGGUGAAUUAUGGAGGGCAAUGAAGGAUAAGUCGGAGUGGGAGGCCAAGGCUGCCAAGGCCAAGGAUGACUACGAUCGGGCCGUCAAGGAGUUUGAGGCCAAUGGUGGCAGCAGUGCUGCCAAUGGCGGUGCCAAGAAGCGUGCGAAACCAGCGAAAAAACCAUCGAAGAAGAGCAAGAAGGAUGACUCCGAUGAGGAUGAGGAUGAUGAGAGCGAGUAAACGCAUUGCUCUUGAUCACAUCCCUCCAAUAUUCAUCACCAAGUCAUACACAAAAAACACAACAAACAAGCAGCAGCAGCAACACAAUCCCCAUCAACAGCCACAUCCCCGAAGUCCUUCUGUAAUUCAUUUCUAAAUAGAUUAGAUCGGACACAGCACGACGUCGUUGUCUCUGCUCUCCUCAAGAGCAACCACACAGAGAAUGUGGUUGUAAGAACAAAACAAACAAUACGAGAAAAACCCCGAUCACGAAAUAAGCUAAAUUGUAUUUAUACAUUUAUGAAUUUAAGUUUAUAGUGUAGUCGUUUCUUUUAUCGUAAACAAUAUGCAUACAAAGAGAAAAAGAGGACACAACCAAGAAGGAAGAAAGCAAGGAGAGGAAGGCGGAGAUCACACAUUUCGUUGUGAUUUCCCCCCUUUUGUUUUGUUUCUGGCGGUGGCCCUCACGGGCGCCGCGUUGAAGGAAAAU